AUGCAUUAUAUCGCAUUUAUUUCGUAUGUCUGUCAUUUCGCCACGUUAUUCUGCGUUUCUGCACAAUUUCGCGGUUCGAACGAGACCAAUAUUAUUCAGUUAUUACCCGCCUAUGCCAUCGCGUCGAGAGCUAGUCUUCUCGGUUUGGCAACAUGUGCAACGGAAUUACGAGAAUUACUGGAUGCUGUCGAUCAACGGAUACUGUGGGGUUUAAAAACAUUAGAUUCUAGUGGCGAAUUCAAACCAGGUUUCCUUUAUGGAAAUGAUUUUUGGCUGGGCAGUCGAAGUCAAUGCCUCGAUAUAAUGAACAGGACUCCCUUCGAGUUCGCAAAACGAAUCACAUUAAAUAACACGCGAUAUCGCGAUCCGCAGGAUGAGUUUCCACCUUUUCAACUAAAUUAUUUCGUUGCUUAUAUCAGACACAACAGUACUAUUCAGUAUCACAUCAAUAUAUUAACUGAAGAUCUGAUUACACUCGGUCUCUGUUUGCCCGCAUCCUGUUCCACGAAUAAUAUAAGUUUCAUUCUAGAAAGAAUAUUUAGAGACAGAGUUCUUUUAAUCAAUGAUCUCUAUUCCAUGGAUCUCAGCCUAAUCCAGGUAAAAAAUUUAAAAGACGAUCACCAAUGGCUGUUAAGUGGUGCGACACCCCUCAUAUGUGCCGGUUUAGUGCUUAUCUUUGCCUUGAUGAUAAGCGGUACAAUAUAUAAUAUAUUCAUGUAUCAAACAUAUUUAAAGGCAAAGACUAAAACUGUUAAUGUAGAAAACACGGUCGAGGAGAUGCAAAUGACAGAGUUGUCAUCUUCACGUCAGAAAAGUAAAUUUGGGAAUAUAUUAAUGUGUUUCUCCGUUUACACAAGCACGACAAUAAUAUUCAACACAAAAUUGGACACUGAAGCAAUAGCCGUCAUUCACGGCAUAAGAUUUCUGUCCAUGCUUUGGAUAAUCAUAGCUCACAUCAUACUUUACUCGCUGGACUAUUUCGACAAUAUAAUAUGGAUAUGGAGAAAAACCAGAAGUGUUCCCCUUCAAGUGAUCAGCAACGGAACUAUAGCGGUCGACACUUAUUUCUUUCUAAGCGGAUUUUUACUGGCAUACUUGUAUUUAAAGAAUAAAAUAGACAAGGAACGAAUUAAUCCGAUUAAUUACAAAAAGAAGCUAAACGAGUUCUUUGUCAACAUAAUGAAGAGAUAUAUCCGAUUGACACCGGCUUAUAUAACGAUGAUAGGAAUAACGCAAUUGACAUCAGCUUGGUACGACAAGACUUCGCAAUUCUACGUUGAGGAGAGACCACACGAAACUUGCGCAAAAUAUUGGUGGAGAAAUGUCUUAUACAUAAAUAAUCUGUUUGCUCAUAAUACGAUGUGCUUGUCCUGGGGUUGGUAUCUAUCCAGCGAUAUGCAAUUUUUUAUAAUCGGUCUGACGCUUUUAAUUCUGUCAACUGUAUAUUUUUACAUGGCUGUUGUAAUACUAGGUACACUUUUGAUAAGCUCAAUUAUCUUAAGCGGUUAUAUCUCAUACAUUUAUGAAUACGUACCGACUUUGGAUGAACAGUACAAACUUGCAGAUGUCUUAUACUUCCCACCAUGGAUUCGAAUUGGUCCAUAUAUUAUUGGAAUGAUUACAGGUUACAUUAUACGAAGAUUUAACAAAAAAAUAGCCUUGAAAAAGAAUAUUGUAAUUUUAUGUUGGACUCUUGCUGCUGCUUGCAACAUUUUGGUGUUAUUUGGUCUUUAUAAACGACAAAUAUCCGUUCUGUCUACUGCUAUCUACGUUGCAUUAAGUAGAACAGUUUGGGCCAUAGGCAUAGCAUGGAUUGUAAUAGUGUGUUGUACUGAGCAUGGAGACAUUGUUAAGAAGCUCUUAGCAUACAAAAUCUGGAUUCCUCUUAGUAGACUCACAUACUGCGCUUAUCUUGUAAAUCCUUUUAUUAUACAUUCGAUUAGUUUGCAUAGUGAAACACCUGUUCAUUUUGAAUGGUUGUCCACAAGCGCUACAAUCAUAGGAUAUUUGGUGAUUAGUUAUUUCUGUGCAUAUAUAUUGUCUUUAAUGGCAGAGGUACCGUAUAUCCUAUUAAUGCGAAUGUUCAGCCAAUCUCAUAACAAAAAGGAAUUGGAGAUUAUAAUUUCGCAUACAUGA